AUGCCCGCCUACAACAGCAUAUUCAACGAAGACUCCUCCACUCCUCUCCACCUAAUUGGAAACUUCCCUCUCCUCCCUCUUCGCACAAAAGUCCGCGGACCCGCCUACACACUCCCUCUCGAUCCCUCUCUCCCAGCACAUCUCUCCCCAGAGCCCGAUUCCGAAUCCUACGAUGCAUUAGACGAAGUACUUUCGCUCUUCCGCGCCAACACAUUUUUCCGCAAUUUUGAAAUCCAGGGGCCCCCAGAUCGUCUUUUGAUUUAUGGAAUUUUGUGGGUUAGCGAGUGUAUUGGGAAAGUGAGACCAAAGAUGGAGUUCAGGGAGGCGCAGAAGGAGGUUCAGAAUAUUGCGCUGGAUAGCAAUUUUGCCAUUCCCGGAGAGCCAGGGUUUCCUUUGAAUCAGAUGUUCGAAGCACCCGCCUCAAGACAAGAAGCCGAAACCCUCCGACAGUAUCUAGGGCAAGUGCGUCAGGAAUUGGCAAGUAGAUUGUUAGCACGCAUUUACGAUACUGAGGACAGGAUGCCAAGUAAAUGGUGGUUGAGCUUCACGAAGAGGAAGUUUAUGGGAAAGAGUCUGUGA